UGGUGUGUUUCAUACGGAUAUCUUGGCUCAUUUUAAAUAUGCAUAUGUUCCACCUCACAGCCAGUCCGAGUGACAGACAUUGAACCCUCUUCUCAAGUUCACACCAUGCAGCGAGGAAGCAUUUUCAUGCGGAUUAUCUUGUCCACCCUCAUCGUCCUUGCCUCUGUCUCCGCUACCGAGCACGCAAGCACGGUAGCAGUCGUGGAGUCGACCUUCACACCUGUUGAAAAGGCCGACGUCACUUUCCUUCGGGGCACGGAGGCUGAUAAAGUGAUGUGUGACGGCGUGGAGUGUCCCAAAGGAGAAAUGUGCAUGCGCAGCAGCUCGGGCAGUCGCUACUGCAUGAAAAUGUAGAGCUUUAACAUCAGCUGUUAAAUCAACAACGAUCCAUGCAAGGCGUCACUACCAAAGAAGAAUGCCUGGCAGGACGAAAUGGGAAAUGGCCUCGUUCCUCCAGGAUUUGUGUUUCCAGAGGCCCGGUAGGAUUUUAUUUAAAGAUGAAUGGAGACAUUGUACGUGCAAGAGUGAGUUGCGUGAUGUCGGGUAAAGGCGAGGAGCUGCCGAGUGUUUUUCUCUAUUGCCCAGUCCACAUCUGUGUCUGUGGUAUAUUUUUGUCGCGCGUUAUCAUUCCUCUUAGUUCUAAGAGAUCGACUUACUGUAGGCAGUCGAAGGACAAAGCUAAUAUUGAUGUUUAAAGCCAGGGUCUUGGCACGCUCGACGUUAAUUACUUGCUUCCGAAGCGUGCACGAAGCACGCGAACUCAUGACGUUUAAUAAAAAUGAGAGGGAUGCUACACAUGUG